GAUUAUCUGAAGGCUAAAUUAAGUCACUUAAAAAACAGAAUCCGUGCUUUUGAUGAGGAAAACAUUGCAAAUGGUGAAAUUGCACCAGUAUCCAUUAAACCAUGUACGACCCUCGGCACUAUGACAGCCCCCCUGUGUACAGCCCUCCUUACAGCACUACUUCCCACAGCUUACAUGUCCCUCGGAGCGUCCACUCCCCACAGGCCCACUAUGCCCCCUACACCUACAACCCAGACUCCUACUACAUGGAGGAGAGGCCUCAGCACUUCUACCGCUGGUUUUCUCCCCCUGGAUUUGUGAAAACCUUCCAGGGACUGACAGCACUCAUGUGUUUCCUCAUCUUCGCCUGUGUAGCUUCUACUCUGGUAUGGGAUAUGAAUGGAUUCGGGUAUGGGGGCUACGCCGUCGGGGCCACGGGCGGCAGUGUUUCAGGGACGGGUGCAGGAUACUAUGGAGGUAGUUAUGGGUAUGGCAACUCAUAUAUGACGCCACAGUCUGCCAAGUCCGCUAUGAUCUCCAUGGCUGCGAUCAACUUCCUGGUGUCACUGGGGUUCCUGGUGGGGAGUUUCUCACGGUCUCGUGCCAUGAGGGGAUGCAGAUUUUACCUCACUGUGUUCAUCUGUGAUAUCAUCUUAGCUGUCCUUCAGGGCAUCAUUGACAUCAUCUUUGUGAUUGGAGUGAACCCCAUGUCUCAGAGCUCACAGAGCAUGCUGUACAACCCCAUGCUGAUGAUGUGCCAGAACAUCCAGGGCAGCCCAAGCCUCAGCGCCAGUGCUGGAGCCAGUUUUCCCGGGGGAUUCCCCAUGUACACUCAGUACCUGCACCACUACUGCUACAUGGACCCAGAGGAGGCGGUAGCGUUAGUGUUGGGGAUGAUGGUGGUGCUGGCUCUGUCUCUGGCUGCUUACUACGCCUACAAAACCCGCAGUAAGAUAUGGCGCCAUGGCAAAGCAAACAUCUUCUGGGACGAACCGCUGCUGAGGCCAUCAGAGAGCCAGGACGUACAGGACUGGGUGAAUCAUGUUGGAGAGGGCCGAAGUACCCAGCAUGCACCGACUGUAGUGAUAUCGGAGAGAGCUGCACCCGACCCGAGGGUGGAGAACAGCGUGGUCUCCUAUGACAACCGAACAGUCAGCGUCCGCAGCGAGGGAAAUUACAACAGCAACAGUUUCUCUGCCGACAGUAGUAAUCACCGUGGAGCCGAGCCUCUGUACCAGAACAGCAGGGUCACCGUUUGUUCCACCAGCUCCUCAGAUGUGCCCGACGGCGUCACAAAACCUUCUCAUGCAGAGAAGCUCCAGAGGAGGGUCCUGGAGCCCAGACCUGCUGCUGUGGGGAUGGUGGAGUCCCAGUAUGAAACUGGUUAUACCACUGGAGGAGACAGUGGCAACGAGAUGAGCCGACAGCACUCAGAUCACCUGCACAGGCUGUACCCAGAGAUAACAUCAGAUGAGCAGCGCCGACAGUACAAGAGGGAGUUUGACUCCGACUUGGCUCGAUAUAAAAAUCUCUGUGCCGAAAUGGACGACAUAAGUGACCAGAUACACAAGCUGAGCCGAGAACUGGACAUGUUGGACGAAAGUUCCAUCAAGUACCAGGGUGUUGCAGAUGAAUAUAACAGACUGAAGGACCUGAAAAGAACACCAGAUUAUCAAACAAAGAAGAAACAAAGCAGAGAACUCCGGCAAAAACUUUUCCACAUCAAACGCCUGGUCAAAAACUAUGACCGGGGUCUUUGUUAGUCUGAUGACUGAAGAAAGGGACUCCUCCAGUGUUUCAUUGUUUCACUGACUUUGGGUUGAAUUCUAACAGUUCAGUCCACAUUAACUUUGGCUGCAUGCUGCCUCAGUUCAGGAAACCUUUACUGUUUUUUGCCUUAAUGUUUACAGCAUCUGCAUUAUCUUCACCUCUUUACAACAGAUUACUCUCAAUUAUAUCA